UCAUUUUCAAGGUAGAAUUAAUUGAAGCAGUCAAAGGGAGGGAGAAAUAGAAUAGACUAGAGGAGGGAGGCUCAUGUUUGCCAUCAGUUUGGUGGUGUUGUUUUUCGUAAUUAGUGGGAUUUGCUUAUUUCUCCUAAUUCUUCGAUUAUUUCUGUAUCGAACUGCUCUAAUUCAUGUUGUAAACAAAUGGGUGCACUGGAUAGAAGAUGGAAUGCACGUCCACCAGAUCUUCAAGGUUCCAGAAUUCAACCACGACAACUUCCAAGAGAAUCAAUUCUAUGGGCAAGUUUUCACUUACUUGAAUUCUUUAGCUUCCAUUGAAAACUCCGACUUCACCAACCUCUUCUCCGGCAAAAAAUCCAAUGAUAUCAUCCUAUACCUCGACCAUAAUCAGACUAUUCACGACACCUUUCUCGGAGCCAGAGUUUCCUGGAAAAACGAGGUCAAUGAUCAGAAAUUAGGUGAAGAUCAAAGCUGCUGCAGAAGAACUUUGUUGUUGAAGAUCAAAAAGAAGGACAAGCGUCGAAUUCUUCGACCCUAUCUUCAGCAUAUCCACAACGCUGUUUCAGAAGAUUUACAACAACGGAAGAGAGAAGUGAAGCUUUAUAUGAAUACGCAGUAUGAUCAUCGAAUCAACGGACGAUGGAAUUCUAUUCCGUUUACACAUCCUUCCACGUUCGACACCAUGGCAAUGGACUCUGAUCUGAAAUAUAGGAUCAAGUCCGAUCUCGAGUCAUUUCUUAAAUCGAAGCAGUAUUAUCACAGGCUCGGCCGCAUUUGGAAACGAAGCUAUCUUCUAUAUGGUCCCUCCGGUACCGGGAAAUCCAGCUUCGUCGCUGCCAUGGCAAAAUUGCUAAACUACGACGUCUACGAAAUCGAUUUAUCAAGAGUUGCAGAUGAUUCUGACCUCAAGAUGCUUCUAUUACAAACAUCAAACAAAUCGGUAAUCGUGAUCGAAGACCUUGAUCGGUUCAUGAACGAUAAUAAAUCAGUAAGGGGGGUGAGCUUCUCAGGAGUUUCAACUUUCAUGGAUGGAAUUUUGAGUUCGUGUCGUGGUGAUGAGAAAAUCAUGAUCUUCACAAUGAACAGCAAAGACAAGAUCGAUUCAUCGUUAUUAAGGCCGGGAAGAAUUGAUGUUCAUAUAUAUUUUCCAAUGUGUAAUUUUAAUUCCUUUAAGAGUUUAGCAAAUAGCUAUUUGGGGAUCAGGGACCACAAAUUGUUUCCACGAGUGGAGGAGAUUUUUCAGACCGGAGCAACGAUGAGUCCGGCGGAGGUCGGAGAGAUCAUGAUUGUCAACCGGAGCUCGCCCAGCAGAGCGCUGAAGUCGGUGAUCACGGCGUUGCAAACUAACGCUGCGACGGGGUGGCGAUUGAGCGAGAGCGCAUCGUCGAGGCCUUCGGCGGAGGAAUCAGGCGGUGAAUCCGGUGGCGUGUUUUGGAAGGACAAGGACAGUGUCCCAGUGGCGAAGGAGGUUCGGAAAUUGUACGGUUUACUGAGGUUGAAGAGCGGUAAAAUAUCUGGGCCGUCGGGUCAUGAUUCCGAGAUGAUCGAACGGUGACAAUGUUAUGGAAUUCAAGGAGCUGAGGCUGUUAGUUGGUUGGUUGGUUGUUGGUUGGGUCAAUUGCUCGGUGUAACAUACAUCUCUUUUCAUAAUUUUUCGUGCUUUUUUUUUAAAAAAAAAUUUGUUAGGCUUUUUAUUUCGUGUUUUUCUUGAAUUUAUGGUUCAGUCCUAUGGGGCAGGUAGACGAAAGCAUUAGCUUUAGGUAAAUUCUAGGAAUGAAUCAAUUUGUUUACUUAUCAAUUAUUGGGGUUGAAUGAAGAAUUGAGAGAUGUGUAGUGUAGUGUAGUGUGCUAGAAAAUAUGUAAAAUAAUGUAUCUGAAUCAUUCAUUAGUAUGCAUUCAAUUCAAUACUAGACUAGGAGACUGCCAGCCUAUG